CCGGGCAGCAGGAGCAGCGGCCGCGCCAUGUGGCUGCUGGGGCCGCUGUGCCUGCUGCUGAGCAGCGCCGCGGAGAGCCAGCUGCUCCCUGGGAACAACUUCACCAACGAGUGCAACAUUCCUGGCAACUUCAUGUGCAGCAACGGCAGGUGCAUCCCCGGCGCCUGGCAGUGCGACGGGCUUCCCGACUGCUUUGACAAGAGCGACGAGAAGGAGUGCCCCAAGGCGAAAUCGAAAUGUGGCCCCACGUUCUUCCCUUGUGCCAGUGGCAUCCACUGCAUCAUUGGCCGCUUCCGGUGUAAUGGGUUUGAGGACUGUCCAGAUGGCAGCGAUGAAGAAAACUGCACAGCAAACCCCUUGCUUUGUUCCACCGCCCGCUACCACUGCAAGAACGGCCUCUGCAUUGACAAGAGCUUCAUCUGCGAUGGACAGAAUAACUGUCAGGACAACAGCGACGAGGAAAGCUGUGAAAGUUCUCAAGGUAGGUGCCACUCAAGCUCCACAACAUAAUUGCCACACCACACCGCAGGAAUGCUGAAGAAAGCUACACGUAGACCCACCUCCAACACAGCAGCUCUGGUUAUUUUUGCAUCAGGCCUGGCAACCAGUGAGCACAUGGAUUUAACUGUAACACACCUGCUGUUGUGUAGUUUGUAUAUCUUGUGUAUGAUGCAUCACCUCUCCAUUUUCUCUUCGAGGUUGUAAUUUGCCCCAACUGCAUUACAUACUGUCAGCCAGGCUCUGCGGUGGCUCUCAAUGGUUGCCUUGCUGGCGGCCAUCUAUUUCUAUUGAGCUGCUUCUCCAGGACACCUUCCUCCGAGUGGAGUCUCUGCCUGGCUCGUGGCUGCCCCUCACCCUGCAGCUGUUCGGAUUUGUUUUUUACUACACAGUCGCUGCUAGCCUGGUCUACACAUGUCAAUGUUACUGUUUUAUUCCCAAGCACUCACUCCUCUAUUUUUGCCAUUUUUUCUAAUUUCGCAGUCAUAGAACAAGAGCUCCCCAACUGCUUUUAUUUGCAUUCCUCUGUUGAUGAGCAAAGUUAACAUUUUCCCCUUGUGUUUGUUUACUACUUUGUUUCCUCCUGUGUGAAUUGCCUGCACAGAGCAGUGCUCUCCAUAUCAGCUCUUUCGUGGAAGCUGAGGGAUGCAUUUGGGGAAAGAAAAGAUGAGCUUUUUUAGGGAACCCACAAGGACACCGGGGGGUUAUAUCCUCCCGUGUUAAACUGACAGGGAACGUUUCUUCACUCAUUGACUCUUUUCCAGUAAAAAUGUAUUCCUUCAAUGAUGAGAAAAGACACAAAGAUUUAAAAAUGUAUAUCCAUUUUAAGACGCCCUAAAAUAGUAUAUGUUUAUAAUGUUAUAAACGGCUAUCAUCUGUUGGUUAUCUUCGCAAUUUUCACAUAGCAUUUUAUUGUUGUGAUUCACCCAUAUUACUGUUUGUUGGUUGAGUUCAUUUGUUUCAAAUGGUAUUCAUUAUUCUGCUGUGUGCCUAUACCACAGUUUAUAGAUUUAAUAAAACUGUAUUAAAGAAAAGCAAGGUAGUGGCGAUGGACUGGUUGACUCCUCUGUUGGGAGUGAAGAGGCAUGAGAUAAGCUCCAUGAAGUUACAUUCAUUGUAGGUUGUUUUCAAGGCCCUCAUUUUCCUCUUUUGUUUGGAGUUUAUUAUGUUAUUAAAAAUGAGUGAAUGAGCAAGUGGGUCAGGCAUAGACCACAAGGGAGAGUAGGUCAGCAAUCAAGGAUUAUGAUCGAUCUAAAUCUGCAUGCCUGAGUUCCGUGGAAUAGAAAAGAAGUGUGUCAGCAUGGACUUGGCCAGAAUUUGUGCAGAGAAUAGCUCUGGGAGGUGAGUCCAGGGUGGAACUUGCCUCCUGCUGUCCUUGCCGGUAAAAUCCCCUCCUUGGGUCUCCUCCUCAGUGGUGGUUCUCACAGUGUGAUGUUCAGAACAGCAGCAUCAGUACCAUAUGGGGGACACGUUGGAAAUGCAGACCUCAUGCUGCACCCCACACCAGCAGAAUCAACUGGUGGGGUGGACCCAGUAACUUGUGUUUUAUUUAAUACGCCCUCUAGGCAAUUCAAAUGUCCAUUAAAGUCUGGAAACCUCUAUUGCGUACUAAUUGGAGGGAGAAUUGUAAUCUUGUGCCUAGAAUGUUCUGAGCUUCUGAUUGAAUAGCAAGGUAUUUCUGGCCUUUAUACAAAGUCACAAAGUUUAAAAACCCAAACAUAUACCAAGAUGCCUCCCAUGCCAGAUGCCACAGGCAGUGACAGGAAAACAGAUGGGGAAACAGCAAUCAUAAAAUCAGAAGAGUGUGAGCAGAGAUGGUAGGGAUUGAGGACAAUUUUCUAUAAAUACUGUUUCUUACAGUUUCUUAUGCAUUUAUGGAGCCUAGACUCACUCAUUGUGCCCUGCGGUGUUUAGCAAAAGGACUGCCAGAGUCCUUGGAAAUAACUUGGAGUAACUUGAAAGUUCAGGAGUCUGCCCUGAUUGUUGGAUAAAUUGUCCUGACAUUCCCCCACUUCCCCACCCCACCAUGCCUAUCCCAAAAUUUUACUGAUUUUUGAAAGGAAGCUGAUUUUUGCUUGCUUUUAAGAAGCACUGUCUCUCUGCAGGCUGCAAAAGUCAGUGUUUCUAAACCCAACUCCUUCCUCUCUCUGUGUUGCCUUCUCAUAUUUUAAACAUGAAAAGUGAGAAAAGUCAGUGGUGCACACACACAAAGUUCAGCUCUUGAAAAGUCCCGACCUGGAGCAGCCUUCCUUAGAAUCUCAGCUAUGCGCCUUCUACACCCAAACAACAGCCCCUUGGAAAACAAGCUCUGUCUGCACGUGCUCUCGGGAAGCAUGUCCCACCAGCACCAGCUGUCAGUUGCCAUCUGGGUGAUGGGGACCCGUGCUGGUAGCUUUCUGAGCAGGAAGCAUGUCUCUGUUGCCUCUCCAAGUGCACAGAACUAGCAGCAUAGGGCUUACACUGGGUGGUUUGAGUCUGUGCUAAAGACUAGGCAUGAUUUCUUUGCAUUGUGGUAUAUGUUAUUAAGCUGUAUUUAAUUUGCACCUUACGUGGUAUCAAACUGUGGUUAAGUUACGUGAGUUCACGUAUCUAUGAUCUAGUAAACUAACCAUAAGUAUAUUACUAUUGCUGUCUACAUAGAGUAGAUGAUUCUGUCAUUCCCUCAGUGGGAGUAGGCUUCAGAUGAAGGAUGAGCUGGGAAGGACCUGUUCCCUUCUGCAGUUCCUUUUUUUUUUUUUUUUAAGAUUUAUGUAUUUAUGCAUACAAGAACUAGGGUACAGGCCAGAGAUGUGGGGGGUGAGAGGAUUCACCAGAGACAGAGUGGGGAACAGAACAGGCAGAUUGACUGAAAUGCACUGCUGAGGGGAGCAGCGGGUGAGACAGGAGAGGUCUGCUGCACUAUGUGGGUAGCUCCCUGGCUGGGGAUCGAACUCGUGCUUCAGUGACUGUGGAUAGCUUCAUAGAUUGCGUCUUAACCCCUUGUGCCACCAGGGAGGCCUCCUUCUGCAGUUCUUUCUCCUCCUUAUGGUGUGAACACUACCUGUUCCAAAUGGGAGUCUGGGAUUGAAGGGUAUGCUUUUGAAUGGUAUGCUUUGCCCAUCCCCUGCAGCCUCUAAAUGGAAUCUGAUUGCUAAUUUUGGCACUUGAACAAAGGCACGCCAGUGUGCCAGUGCUAGGGGAAAAUGAAUUUUGGGAGACUCAGAUGCUGUCUUCCUAAAGCAUUUCAGCAGCCUCUGGAAUAGACAAAAUAUCUUAAACCACGUCAUGUUUGACCCACUGUCAUUUGUCAUCUUCAUAAUAAUGAACAUUUUUUGAGCCUUACUAUGGCCUGAAUCUGUGGGAAGCACCUUGUAUACGUGAGCUCAUUUAGUGAAAAUGUAUCCUAUCUGCUUCUGCUGGGCUUCCAGACCUUGAAAAAUGCAACUUUGCUUCCAAUUGAUAGGGGAAAAGAAAAUUGCAUUUUAUAAAGGUUAUUGGGAUAGAGUGGAGAAAACCGGUCCCAGGACAAGAAAUAACUUUUUUUCUAAUUUGAUGAAAGUGUGAAAAAGGGGCCUUUCACUUCCUCCUCUCAUCCAGAAUUUAGUUCCCUUCCUUACCCUUGUACAACCAACAACAAACUCAGUCAGAAACUGGAAGUGAGGAGUAUGGAAGUAUAGUCGUUAUUCCUUCCCUUUUCACUGGGAUUUAUUAGGCGCCAAAGAACACCAUGGUGGAACUGAAUUUUAAUUAGGGCUUCAUGGAUUGGAAAUAGAAGUGUUUACCAGAUUAUUCUAAAGACAGUAACUUUGGAGCAGGCUGACAUAUGGCUUUCCUGUUGCUUAGGAAUCCACACCCCACUCCCCCCGGAAGGCACUUCUGGGGUCAGCAGAUGCUGUGUGCACGUGCUGAGUGGGCAGCACUCACUCAGGGGGCCUGAAAUAGGUGUGGUUCAAUCCUAAAUUGAGCAGACAGCAUCUUCCAGCUUUGGACAAAUUACUGAAUAUGCCAGGCAGCCUCCAAUGUUCCCACCUCUUGGGUUCAUGCCCUGGUAUAACCCCAUCCCUUUAAAUAGGAUCUGGAUCUUAUGACUUUAUUUUUCCAUUUCUUUUUAGUUUUCACAAAAUACAUCUAACAUUUGCCACCUUAAAUGCUUUUCAGUGGACGUCAGCAGCACUACAUGUCCUCCCGUUGUAUAACCAAUCUCCAGCACUUUUUCAUCUUGUAAAACUAAAACUCUAUGCAAUGAACCAUUCCUCUUUUCCUCCUCCCACACCCCUGGGCAACCACCACUUUCUGUCUCUAUGGAUUUGAAUACUCUAGGCUUCUCAUAUAAAUGGAAUCAUCCAGUAUUUGUCUUUUUGUGACUGGCUUAAUUGGGCACAUUUCUUCAAAAUUCAUUCAUGUUACAGCAUAGGUCAGCAUUCCUUCCUUUUAAUUAAGGCUGAAUAAUAUUCCAUUGUAUUAUAUGCCACACUUUUUUAUCCAUUUACCUAUUGAUGGACACGAGUUCCUUCUACCUUUGGCUAUUGUGAAGAAUGCUGCUGUGAGUAUAGGUGUACAAGGUGUGACUUGCUUUUAACAAAGAAAAUAGCAGGGUGUCCAUUUCAAGGUUAGUUACAAAAGACUCUGGUGUCUUGUUCUCUUACUCUCUCUUGUUCAUGCUAAUGGAAGUUGACUGCUGUGCCAGGAGCUGCCCUGUGGAUACUGGGGGAAAGCCAGUGAGGAACUGAGGCCUGCUAGUAGCCCCAUGAGUGAACUUGGAAGCCAUUCCUCCCCUGGUCCAACCUUGGGCUACCUGUGGCCUAAGUGGACAUCUUUAUUGUAGCCUUAGCCCUGGGCCAGAGCUGAGCCACUCCCGAGUUUCUGACCCACAGAAACUGUAAGGUAAUCACUAUUUGUUUUAAAACCUGUAAGUUUUGAGAUAAUAUAGAACCAAUAUACUGACUACCACUCAAGAAGGCCCCAAUCACAGAGUGCUUAUGAACCCCAGGUUCUGGUGGGAGGCAGGAGCCCUGGGAAGGAGGCCAGACAGUGUGUGUAUGUGACAAGGACAACACUUUGAGUACUGUUGAAUGUCAAGCAUCAUUCUAAGAAUUUUUCUGGUAUUUUCUUACUUAUUUCUCACAAAAUCCCUGUAAGAAGAGGUCCUCUCACCAAAAAAAAAGGUCCCAUUUCCUAGGUAAAGAACUUGUGCACAGAGGCCAUUCCUUGCCCUUGUCCACAUCGCCAGGAAGGGAACCAACCCAGGUUAUCUGAUGAAAAGCUCAUGUUCUUUGUCAUUUUACAUCACACUGUAGUACUGAGAUCUGGUUCUCGCUGGAUUUGGAUCAGGAACUGCAAACGACUCCUUGGGCCUGUGAACUCAUGGGGGAGGUGAUGUCUGAAGACUGGCAUGUUUUCCCUCUUUUUCUACUCAGGUAUUCCUUUUGAUAGAAGACUAAUGGUCCCUGUCUUCCUUCCUGGCUCAUGAGGAAUGCUGGGAAGUUAAGUUUCUGAAGAUGCCACCAAUGUCAGAAUAGUUAAUUGAGUAUUUAGCUUUGGGACUGCAGUUUCUUUAUCUUGUUUGCUGUAUCCUGGUGAUAAUGCUUGAGGAGAAUUUGGAAAACAGUUCUUGAAGUUUGGCACCUGACCAGAAGCUAACAGCAACAGCUUUGUCCUCUUUCUUUGGUAGAAGUUCAGUGUGUGUGUGUGUGUGUGUGUGUGUGUGAGAGAGAGAGAGAGAGAGAGAGAGAGAGAGAGAGAGAGAGAGAGAAUGAAUAUGUAGUUCCUUCUCAUGGGCAAUUUUGUCAUUCAGUAGAUAUCGAGGCACCUCUUUGCUAUGAGCAGGUGAUACAGAAAUGGUUUUGGCCCCCUCCUGAAUUGUGUGUUACCCCCACAAUUCAUGUAUUAAAGUCCUAGGCCCCAGUGUCUCAGAAUGUAACAUUCAGAAAUAGGGUCAUCACUGAUGUAAUUAGUUAAGAUGAGGUCAUACUAGAGAGGGCAGGCUCUAAUCCUGUAUGACUGGUGUCCUUAUGAAAUGGUCAUAUUUGGACACACACACGCACACGAAGAAUAUGAGGACAGGAACUGGGGUAAUGCCUCAACAAGGAAUGCAAGGGUUUGCCAGCAAACCCCUCCCCUAGGAGUUAUGUGACAGGCGUGGAACACUUCCUUCCUCACAGCCCUUAGAAGGAACGAUCCAGCGUGCACACAGCCUCCAGUACUGUGAGACCAUCCAUUCUCCCCUGAAAGCCCACUACCCUGUGAUACUUCAUCAUGGCAGCCUUACCUAGCAAAGGAAUAGAACUCCCACGAAAUCACACUCAAGCAGGGCACAAUGGUACACUAAGACCAGAAAAGAAAUCUAGACAAGGAAAUGUGAAACAUCCAGAAAGUAGCCAAAAUGCAGAAGCAAGGUGAGACAGGAUGAGCGAGAUGAAGGAGCUUGGUGCAUUUCGGGAAAUGGGACAGUGGAGAAAAACCUCUUGGUGUGGGGAGGCACUGUCUGCUUCAUGUCGAGAAGUCGUGUUCUCCCACCCACAUGCCUGUAGGUGAGUGGUGGGAGCCUGUAGGAAGCUGAAGACAUUGAGGAAGUGAUGCAGAAGUCACACCAGGAGGACAGGGAGGAGUUGACUGGACACGGAAGGAGAUAAGCAGGGGUGAGGAACUUCCCAGGCAGAAGGAAUGGCCGAUUAGAAGAUCCCAAGUUGAGAAACAGUGCAGUGUAUUUGAAGAACUGAAAGCUCCACAUGGGCGCCCUGGUGGAUAGGAAGAGAAAAGCCUGGAAGGAGACUGGUAUAGUUGGCACUGGCUUAUCUAUGGGCUGGUGGCCACAGUAAGGGUCUGGACUUCGCCUGUGGGUAGUGAGAAGUCACAGAUGAUCGAUGUGAAGGUGCUAACCGUGGGGACAGACAGGCCAGUGGCUUCAGGAUACAUUUCAGGAUAAAAUCACCAAGAUUUGAUGAUAAACUGGGUAAGGGUGACAAGUAAUAGAAAUAUCCCAUUGCAAAUCACCACGGGGAAGCUAAUUUUGUGGAACUGCAGAAUCUGCUCUGUUAUUUUCCAGUGAUGCAUGCUCUCACCCUUCUGCUCCAGGCCUCCCAUUGGUGUGGAUAAUUGAGAGUAAAAGUUGCUCCUGCUUUUGGAAGAGACCUUUGCUUUCUGUUGCAAGAUAAAACCAAGUGACUGGGCAGCCAAAGAUCAUUUUGGAGACAUCAUGGAGAGCAUGAGACAGAAGUGCUAGUUUUUAGUUUAGUUUU